UUAUUUCAUACAGUACAAAGGACAUAGACAAGAAUGAAUGUCUUGCGAAAGUUUCCUUCCUUGUCAUGGUGGAUCUUCGGAUCAAUCUUCAAGACGGGGAUUGCCCAGUUGAGAGCUUUUCGAUACGAUAGCCACUCGAUCUUCCAAUAAUGAGCCACUGGGAGUCUGUUCUGCCAUCUGCACCAUUCAGCUUGAAUCACGCCCGCAAGUUUUAUGCUGCACCAAUCCCGUGGUUCGCAGUCAUCGUGGUGCAGCAAAUCCUGCACAGCCUCGUCCUGUUGAUUAUUAUUGCGACGCUCGCUCGCCCGCCAGCCCGCCAGCCCGCCAGCCCGCCAAGACCCCAUCCAGACCCAGCCAGAAGUUCCCCGUACCAACGCAGUGCAACCCAACCUGAGGUCCUGAGCCAACCCACAUGAGCCACUCCACCAGUAUCUGUCCAGCACGCAGCUCAGCUCAAAGCCUCUACAUGCACUCGCAAUCUUUGCAGAGAAGCAAGCCUGAUUACGAUCACAUAUCAAUCUAUUGAUUCUACGACGUUACGAACACAAUUGACGGCCGAAGACCUCCACGACAUCCUUCCCUGUACCUAUUCUAGUACCAAGACUUCGCCCCCCGUUGCACAUCCAAACAAACCACCAGAUUCUCCCGCAGCAACCGUUUCGAAAACGACCAGCCUGCUCGCCCAACAUCUUUUGUAGCAGAUCGCACACACGCACACGCACGAGCGCAGCUAAAGACGUCUGAUUUCGACAUCAGCCAACUGUCCCUGCCCAUAAUCUGUGCUGCUAUUCAUAAUCUUCGCAAAUUAAUGCUGGUGUUGCGGUAACAAACAAAAACAUCCGCAAAAAUAUCACGACGACCACGCCUCUUUACGAAUCCACGAUAAGAACCACAACGACGCUGCUGAGCGUUCGCAGACUGCUGCACUUCUACUUCCUCUCCUAGGCGGCUUCCCGCCAAUUCAGUUCACCGCCGCCAUGGACCAAACAGCACAUGCCCUCGUCGCCGCCAACCUCAUCUACGCGCGAGCGAACGAGACGUCCACAGAGAUUGUAAAGGAGUCCAGACCGCCCAUAUACAAAGCCAUCGGUAUAUCGUUAGCUAUAGGAUCGGGCGUGUUCAUCGGCGUAUCUUUCGUGCUGAAGAAGAUUGGGUUGUUGAGGGCAAACGAGAAAUACUCUGAGGAAGCAGGGGAGGGAUAUGGAUACCUGAAGAAUGCUUUCUGGUGGGGAGGAAUGACACUUAUGAUUCUUGGGGAGGUAAUGAAUGCUGGGGCGUACGCUUUCGUCGAUGCUAUUCUGGUGGCUCCUAUGGGAGCCUUGUCUGUGGUGGUUACCACGAUUCUAUCUGCCAUAUUUCUAAAGGAACGAUUGAGUAUGGUGGGGAAGAUUGGGUGUUUUCUGUGUAUCAUUGGAUCCGUGGUUAUUGCCAUGAACUCACCGUCUGAGUCUUCGGUCGCCAAUAUCCAGGAGAUGCAGCAUUUCGUCAUUGCGCCGGGCUUCUUGUCUUUCGCAGGCGUGGUACUCAUUGCUUGCGCUGUCAUCGCGUUCUGGGCUGGUCCGAGAUACGGGAAGAAGAGCAUGAUGGUGUACCUGUCGAUUUGCAGUCUUAUGGGAGGUCUGAGCGUGGUUGCUACACAGGGUCUGGGUGCUGCUAUUGUUGCACAGAUUGCUGGAAAGCCUCAGUUCAACCAGUGGUUUUUGUACGUCUUGCUGGUCUUUGUGAUCUUCACACUUGUCACGGAGAUCAUAUAUCUGAAUAAAGCAUUGAAUCUGUACAAUGCAGCUUUGGUUACACCGACAUAUUAUGUUAUCUUCACCAGCUGUACGAUCAUCACAUCGGUAAUUCUCUUCCGAGGUUUCAAGGGAACGCCAACUUCUAUCAUUACCGUUGUUCUCGGCUUCUUCACUAUCUGCGCCGGAGUUGUUCUUCUACAACUUUCGAAAUCAGCCAAGGAUGUUCCAGACGCAGCGGUCUUCUCUGGCGAUCUGGACCAAGUCCGUACCAUUGCCGAACAGGAGCAGUCAGAAAUGGAACCAAAGGCGGAUGCUAUCAGAGGUGCAGCAGCUAUUGUCAGACGUUUCUCACAAGUGAGAAAUAAGAACGAAUUGGAGGAAGCCAGACGGUUACACGAGGAGAAGCAGCAAGAUCUGGAACCCAUUGGAGAGAAUGAGCACAUUGAAUGGGAUGGUCUCCGAAGACGUAGGACAACAUUCGGGACCAACAGUGUCCGAUCUCGUGCAAACACUACUCCAUUCCCCGAUUUCGAUACUCACACGCCUGUACAACAUCCACCUCUUGGAAUGUCACGUUUCCCCAGUGACUCAGAUUCUGAUCAUGAUGAAGAGCGCCCUAACACUGGAUCCUCGAUGUCAUUCUUUGCCCGAGCGAAAUCGAUCGUCGGUCCACGAUCCCGCAACAGCACAAACCAACCUCACGUUCAAAGUCCAAUGCAUCCCGUUCCUCUAACCGAGAUCAGCAUCCCAGCCUACAAGAGUAAUCUCGAUGGCAGCGACAAUGCCUACUACGGACAUGACGAGCAAGGAGUCGGUCCUACCUAUGGUCUUCCUGGAGGAAAGACAGAAUAUGAAGGCGCAGGUCAACGCGAACGCCACAUCACUAUUGUAGAAGACCACCCUCCCCGUCUGCACAGCUCGGGUAGUCUUCAUCCUUCCGCAGGACCUACACCACCGCCUCACUCCGCCCGCCGCCAGUUCUCAUUCCAAAACGUCUUCCGCAAAGGCCAAUCGCAAGCUCAAGCCUCUGAAGAACCACAGCAGCAAUCACGUACCUCUCCUCGCAAAGGCAUCGGAAGUCGCCGCGGCAGCACACCAGCCGUCAAGGGAGCUACCGAGGAAGAGCGCCUGGGUCUAGUCAAAGGCGAUACCAACUUAGGCCGCCAACCCGUCGCACCACCUUACGACGAUGAUGACGAUGACGAUGAGAGUGAGGGAUGGCUAGACGAUAAGACGCGCAUGCGCAGCGAUUCUGAAGGGAGUCGCGACCUGACUUCCAGAUCUGGAAGACAGGAGAAGGAGAUUGAAGCUGGAGGUUCGAAUACGCAGAGGAGCAGGAGUGAAGAGGAGGAGUUCUAUGAAGCGCAGAGGAGGAAAUGGGAUGCGGGGAAACAGAAGGUGAUGAGUCCUGGGAUGGGGAGAGCGUUACCGCCGCCGCCGAAGGAUGAGGAGGAUGAUGACCCGAGGAGGGGUGCUGGUGGGAGAGGAGGUGGUGCGAGAGGGGCGUUCAUUUAGGCGGAAUGGAGUAGACGGCAACCGGAUGAGUGAUGAUGACUUGCAUUGGGUUCGGCUGGGACGUUUUUUUGGGUAUAAAGUACAUGCACGGCUUGACAGAAAAGCAAGGAAGGGAUACAUACAUGUCGAUUGAUGGACCGAUGAAUGUCUGAUGGGUAAUGAAUGAACCUUGUGCUAUAGACUGGGCGUGGUGUUUGCAUGGGCGGCGGAAUUUUGUGUUUCAACGCUCGCGUUACGUUGCGUUGGCUAUGAGCAUGAUACACGGUACAUGCAGGACGAAGGGCAUUAGCUCUCUGUACUAGAUAGGAUACCAUUGGGAUAGAGAUCCAGUAUAUGGCGAGGCGAGGGAAUGGAAACAGGAAAUGCAAGAUCGCAAUGUGUUGACAAUGAUGAUACUUUGUUGAAUGAUACCUGUGAAGAAACAUGUGUUGUGAAGUGUGUUGUGAGAUUAGUGAAGGGUUUUGUUUACAAUUAAACAUUUCUAAGCGAGAAAGUAUACACGCA